AUGUACGGUGGUGCAUGGUUCGAAUACACCCAACAGGACCACGAUUACGAGACGCUGCAUACCAGAUCCCAGCCUCCCUGCCAUAAAUACCGCCGGCUUUUCUUUCCGAGCGCCGCUCUUAAUUCCUCCUCCCGACUUGUUUCGGUGCUUCAAGUUCUUUGCUUACGCGACACACUCACAAUGUCUGAAGAAGCAAAAAACAGCGUACCAGAAAUCACCGUCGGCACGGGAGGUUUCAUCGUAGCUGCAGCGACUGUCGGCAUUCUUAUCGCCUUUGUGCUUAGAGCUAUCCUCAAGUCUGUGACCAAGCCUGCGGCAGGCAGUGGCAGUGAAUCCGAGAUGCAGUCGUCCGCUGCGACUCAAAGUGGCGUGGUAACCGAGUCGCAGUUGAAAGAUGCCACUGGAGAGGAUGACAAGCCUCUGUACAUCGCCGUGAAGGACCCCUUCGGCUCCAGCGUGACUGUUUUCGAUGUGAGUGGAGGGUCUGACUUUUAUGGUCCCGGAGGCCCGUAUCAUGUAUUUGCAGGAAAAAACGCAACCCAUGGUCUCGCGAAAAGUAGCACCGACGCUGCUAAGGUAUACGGUGAUCUCGACAAAUUGACAGAGAGUGAGAAAGAUACACACAUGCAAUGGUACCAAAAGUAUGAAUCCAAAUAUCCUAAUCGAUUUAGUCUAGAAACGACGUUAUCUGUACUUUACGCGCGCUAA